CUUAACGUGUCCGUUUCCCCACGAUUGCUGUUUCAUCUGGGUCGUUCAUCUCAACCUGCAAGAACUUCAAGUUAUGCUGCUAUCCUUGGGUGCAAAGACGACCACGAUGAUGCGGAGGAGACACCGGAAGGACCGGAAGCAGGACAUUCGGGUGUUAGGACUUGCAACCCGAUCCCGGUGCCUCUUCAUGCUUCACCUGGGAAAAACAGGGGGGAGUCCUCGUCGUGGCUGAAUGCGUAUCACGACCCCCUGGCGUCCUUGUACACGUUCAGCAACUGCAUCACCAUGGCGGACAUUCACGGCGAUGGCGAGAACAGACUCAUCGUUGCUGACCUUGGCACUGGCACGUAUCGCAUGAAGCUCAAGGUAUAUAAGGGAACUGCUUUAACAGCUGACCUGACACUCUUGGACCUCCCAACUGCCAUUGUGGCCUUUCACAUGAACACCAGUGAACCCAAGCUCCCAGGUUUGUUUGCAUGCCAACCCUGCACAUCAGAUGCAUCAUUCAUGUGGCUAAAUGGAGCUCAGCAGCUUCUUUUUCCCUCAGCCAUUGCAGUUGCAUCGGGAUCAUACAUCUACAUCUACAAGAACUUGAAGCCGUACUUCAAGUUCACCCUUCCGUCCCUGGAUGUUAACUCGACAGAACAAGACCUGUGGGAACAGGUGAAGGAGGGGAAGAUGACUGCAAUGACACUGAGAGAGAUGCUGGAAGGACUGAAGCAGGACAUCGGGGAGUUGGGACUCACGACCCGAUCCCAGCGCCUUCUCAUGCUCGACCCAGGGGACAUGGCCGAAUUUGUCCAGCUUCACGAGAAGCAACCCCUCAAACGCACGACGGUCGUGACGUGCAUGGAGACGCUGAAGAAGAGCCACCCGGAUCCGGGCUCCGUGUCGUGCCUCGUCCUGGGCACCGAGAGCUCCCACGUCUACAUCCUGGAUCCCGAUGCGUUCACCAUCCUUGCCUGUGUGGCGGUGGGAGACAUCCCCGUGCACCUGGCCGUGUCGGGUCUGUACGACGUGGACUUCCGCGUCCUGGUGUCCACGAGGGGAGGGGGGAUCUACGACGUCCGCCGGGGAAGCGAGGAAGGGAGGCAGGUCCUCUUCCUGCCGGCGCUGCCGGUCUCGAUGCAUCUGUUCGGGAAGACGAUCGCGGUGGCCGGCUCAGACGGGAUGCUGCGUUCGUACACGACGCAGGGGAGGCUGGAGUGGGACGCGGCGGUCGGGGGGACCGUCCUGUGCUCGGAGCUGCUGGAGGUCUCGCACCUGGGGCUCACGCUGUGGGCGGUGGGGCUGGCGAGCGGGGCGGUGAAGGUGUUUCGAGAGAAGGAGAUGGUCGAUUCCUUUCGCUGUCCCGAUGGGGUUGCUGCCAUGAGGUUCGGACGCUUUGGGAGAGAGGAUAACACCCUCGUCGUCGUGUUUCAGCAGGAUCUGUACCGAUUGCGGUUGAAGGCCGCAAGGACGUACGUGGCCUCCCUGGAUUCGGCCGCCACCCCGAUCUCGAUCGACGCGAAUCUCCCCCUCAAGCUCACCACUCAGGUGCUCGGUCUGGGUCCGACGUUCUUGUUGCGCGUGGAGCUGACAAACACGUCCGGGGUCCAGCCCCUCACCGACCUCGUGGUCACUUUCAUCUACGACGACAAGCUCUACAAGUUGCACAACACCUGCAUUCAGGUUUGGGGGUCUCUGUCUCUGUCACUGUCGAAUGGGCUUGCCGGUUUUAAUUGCGAAUGCUGUACCAUUAUUUAUGGUACAAAACGCAUUCAUUAUCCAAAAAGCAAAAAUCGACAAAACAUCACGGUCCUUUCGACGUCUCUUCAGAUCCCGAUCCUGAUCCCUGGCGUGAGUGUCCACCCGGAGAGUCUGGUGGACUUCAUCUCGGAGCUGGGGAUCGCAGACGACAUCCAGGUCCUGGUGCUCCACAAGCAACAGCCUGCCCCCUGCCUCUCCGUCCUCGUGGCGGUGGGAGACAUCCCCGUGCACCUGGCCGUGUCGGGUCUGUACGACGUGGACUUCCGCGUCCUGGUGUCCACGAGGGGAGGGGGGAUCUACGACGUCCGCCGGGGAAGCGAGGAAGGGAGGCAGGUCCUCUUCCUGCCGGCGCUGCCGGUCUCGAUGCAUCUGUUCGGGAAGACGAUCGCGGUGGCCGGCUCAGACGGGAUGCUGCGUUCGUACACGACGCAGGGGAGGCUGGAGUGGGACGCGGCGGUCGGGGGGACCGUCCUGUGCUCGGAGCUGCUGGAGGUCUCGCACCUGGGGCUCACGCUGUGGGCGGUGGGGCUGGCGAGCGGGGCGGUGAAGGUGUUUCGAGAGAAGGAGAUGGUCGAUUCCUUUCGCUGUCCCGAUGGGGUUGCUGCCAUGAGGUUCGGACGCUUUGGGAGAGAGGAUAACACCCUCGUCGUCGUGCUUUCGAACGGAGGCCUGAUGGUGAAGAUCCUUCGAAGGACGGCCAACUUCAGGCAGAAGGAAGGACUGGACUCUUCGGACGACGAGCAGAACCUCCGGAUGAACAUCCCCAAGAAGACCAAGGUCUUCGUGGACCAGACCAUGCGGGAGAGGGAGAAUUUCGUCGCAAUGCACCAGGUGUUUCAGCAGGAUCUGUACCGAUUGCGGUUGAAGGCCGCAAGGACGUACGUGGCCUCCCUGGAUUCGGCCGCCACCCCGAUCUCGAUCGACGCGAAUCUCCCCCUCAAGCUCACCACUCAGGUGCUCGGUCUGGGUCCGACGUUCUUGUUGCGCGUGGAGCUGACAAACACGUCCGGGGUCCAGCCCCUCACCGACCUCGUGGUCACUUUCAUCUACGACGACAAGCUCUACAAGUUGCACAACACCUGCAUUCAGAUCCCGAUCCUGAUCCCUGGCGUGAGUGUCCACCCGGAGAGUCUGGUGGACUUCAUCUCGGAGCUGGGGAUCGCAGACGACAUCCAGGUCCUGGUGCUCCACAAGCAACAGCCUGCCCCCUGCCUCUCCGUCCUCGUCAAGAUGCCCAUCAGCGAGAUUGCCGCCGUGUGACCUCACCGCUUUCGAUGUGCCGCACCGAUUCCGUCCGUUUUGUGUACGACUACAUGCACUGUGAUGAAAUGAAGGCAACAUCGUGCAAAUAAUGC